AUGGCUGCCCGUGCCAUGGUCAAUACGGCCAAAAAGGCCCGGCAGCAGGAGGACAGGGUGCAGAAGAUGAUGGCCAAGGUGCGGGACGUCAACGACCGGGCGGUGAUCCACAACGUCGAGCAGUUCCUCGACAAGUGCGACCCGGGCCAGUUGGCCCACAUUCGCACACUGGUGGAGACCAAGGUCGCAGGGGGCAGUGCCCCCGGGGAGGAGCAGGCGGUAGGGGAGGAGGACUCCCUAGCCUUGGAGAGCCACCAAAGCAAGUACAACUUGCUGACGGUGGAGCACCUGAAGUUUUUGCUCCGGGAAGUGUCCUUCCCGGAGCACGUGCUGGAGAUGUUCAGGACGAAGCCAGUCCUCAUCAAGCUGCUUGGGUUCGUUACCCACACGGAUGCGAAGAGUGCUUUGCCUGGGAGGAGUCUCCCGGAAGUGCUCGAGGAGGUUCGGUCGAACCUGAAGCCUUCCCGGGUGGAGACGGUGGACUCAGUCGAGUCCGUGGUCUAUUGGACCAAGGAGGAGUCGUUCCUGCGGUUCAUCGACCACACGGACAAUUUACCCCUUCAGGUUGAUUUGACCGAGUAUCAGAUGGAGGACUGGGACCUCCAGGAGGCGGACUCCUACACGAACGGGAGGCUGGUCGAUACCUCGUCCAACCUGGGCUUGAAGACGAGGUGUGAGGGUGAGUGCACCCUUGUAUCGCCCGAGGAUGACGAACAGUGGCUCGUCGCCCAGCGCGGGCAGUGCCAGCGCGGGCAGUGCCCGCGCGGGCCGGCGGAGGUAGCCGAGGAGCAGUCUGGCUCCUCAAGGAGCAGUCUGGCUCCUUGA